UCUUAAGACGGAACUACCUUUAUUGUUUAGAACCUGGUGCAUAGUUUAGUUCUGUUUCCGAUAGAUUUCACACCGUCUGCUUUAUCUGCUGCGAAAACAAGACGCUGACUGGAAGUGAAUGGAUUUCGCUUUAAAGCGGAUUCUUCGUGACAUGUGGCUGAGGACAGAAGCCACAGCUCUGCUUCCUUCAACCUGACCUGAUAUCCGGAGUAUGGAGCUGGUGUGGUGUCCGGAUAGCACAGCACUUCUUCCGCCCGCUGGAGCCGGCAGGUGGCGGGUGGAGUAACCCGGCGGCAUGCGGACAGACGUGGAGUACAGCCCGGUGCCCAGCCCGGUGGGAGAGGGGCUGGGGAUGCGGGACUUCUGGCUGUAUGCGUGGCUGCGGAGGGCUGCGGUGGUCGCGGCUCACGUCACCGGGCUGGGCCUGACCCUCAUCAUCUCCCUGCUGUCCAGACCCGGAACCAGUCUGUUUUCUUGGCAUCCGGUGUUGAUGUCUGUUGCUUACUGCCUGUGUUUGACUGAGGGCAUCCUCCUCUUCUCAGCGGAAGGAUCCCCUUUCUGCUUCAUAUCUCGUAAAUGUAAACUCCGUCUCCACUGGUUCUGUCAAGCUCUGGUCCUGAUAAUCGCAGCUAGCGGGCUGGGCUUCAUGGUGGCCAGUAAGAACCUCUCAGAGCACCCCCACCUGGUCAGCUGGCACAGUCUGCUGGGCGUCUGCACCCUGGCAGCCACUGCUCUCCAAGCAGCUGUUGGUAUGUGUGUGAUCUUCCCUAAGCUGCUGCACCUCUCCUCCUCUCUACCCAAACUGAAGCUGUACCAUGCCACCUGCGGCCUGGUGGUCUACCUGCUGGCCACAUUCACUGUGGUGUUGGCUAUGUUCUCAGACUGGUUCCAGGCCACUGUGAAAGGGGUGACCUGGUGGGCCUUCUUCCUGCUGCCCUUCUUCCCUGCCCUGGUGGUGAUGAACCAGAUAACUAGCGCCUACCUGCUCCGCAAGAAGAUCACCAGCUAGGAAGCACAUCUAAGAGUCCGUUACUUUGUGUACCAAGUGACCACACUGGAUUCCCACAGUGAUGGAAGAAGGAUUCCUCAGUUCAAAGUAAAACAGCUAAAUGUAAAGGCUUGACACAUUGGUAGUCCCAUAGGCAGUAGAAGAAUGAAACACCUGGGUGUCUGUUUUACAUCACAGGUCUCUGAAAGGAAGUGUUACUUUCAGCAUCUCUCUCAUUACUAAGUAACUCGAGUGAGUAAUGUUUAUUGGUUAAAAGGGCAGGGUGUCUGGGAUCAAAUAUGCAUUGUUAAUCUGGGAUUUCUUUGUUAUCAGAUUAUUCAGCUUCUCCAUUUAGAUGAAAUUGUGAAGCCAUUGUUCACCAGCUCACCCUAUUUCUGAGUGCUGAGGUCACACAUUUACUCCAUCUGAGGAACAAGUAACAUAAUUAGUGGAAACAAAUACACACAUUUUUGGCAGAAGUUAUGACCUUCAGAAUAUGGAUGUUGUGUGCACGGAUUUUCAUAUAUGCUACCCCUGAUACCUCCUGGACAGAAACUUAUAGCACUUCAACUCAAAAGAAUAGAAUAGCACUAUGUAAAAUAAAUGGGUAACUAUGUCAUUGUAUACACAACACCCAGAGGAAUAUUUGCACUACAAAUGCAGGGAAAUGAAAAGUCUCAGACACUGUUGGGUGGUUUUCAGAAGGGCUGUGAGGCACCUGCUGCUGUUCAAGCUUCAGUGAAGAAUGAGCUAUGGAUGAUUCUAUACCAGCCUGUAAAUACUAUUUAUUGAUUGAUUUGUUUUGUGUGUCGUCUGUUUUGGCUGCUUGCAGGAGCUAAAUGAAGCAAUACAACAUGAAAGCUCCAUCAAUUAACUUUGAAUCAAAUGAUAAUGUAAAAUGUGAAAGUAAUUAGAAUAUCACUUAUCAUGCUGGUUGUUCUAGUUUAAGGACACCUCCACUCUUUGGUUCAGUUUUAUGUCUCUCAUUAAUGGAAUAGUUAAAAUCCCUCAUUAUCUACUAACCACUAACACUUUUUGAGUCACAGGUAAACUUUGUUGCAGCCAAAUCCAAUACAAUUGAUUUCAAUGGUGAGUCCUUGAGACGUAAUAAAGCAACAGAACAAACACAACAUGCCUCCAUACUCCUCCUGUGGUGUCAUACAAGUGUCUGUAAGCCUGACAUUCAUUUACACAACGUUUUAAUCCUAAAUGUCCACUGAUAUUUUACCACGAGGUGCAUUCAGGGGCCGUCAGAAAUCCUAAUGUCCACUAGUUAAGCCACUUCUGGCGCGAGCAGUAUGGAGGCAUGUGUUUCUUCUGUUUUAUUACAUCACUAAUGUGCUACACUGUUUACCCCUGAGACUCCAAAAGUAUUUUGUGGACUCGAACACUUCACCCACACCUCAUCGGCGAUGGAGGUGUGAGGGGUGAGUAGAUAAUGAGGGAAUUUAAAUUUCUGGGUUAACUAUCCCUUUAUAUUUAGUUGGCCGACACAGUUUUCAACUAUCUGGUGAAAAAAAUUGAAGGUGUAGCAGUUGAACAGUAAGGUAUUUUUCUCAGGAGUUGCUGGAGAGCAGACUACAGCUAAAAGGCUAAAAUGUCACUCAGUAGAGCACACGCCUCCACCAAGGCUGAACAAUCCUACACAUGCUUUCUAGUCCUUAAAGUAUUAGUAUAAAAGAAAAAUAAGUGAUUUGAUAAUCAAAUUAUGUAUUUGCGAUUUAAAUGUAGUCCUUAACAGUGGACCUGAAAACCAAAGUAAGAGAUAUUUUACAUGUGUAUCUGCUCAAGAGAAAUACACCUAACACAAUCUUAUAUGACAUAAAUUAUGUGCUUGAAUAAUACUUGUAUUUGGAUCCACAGCAAAUUGCAUCAGCCAAUAAUUAUCAGCCCAACAAUAAUAAAUAUGCCUGUUUUUUUAAAUCAAGAUUUGUGUCUUAUUCCCAGAACAAAUAUCACUAAUUUAGAAAGUUUACCAAGGUUUCUAUGUUAACAGUGAAAAUGAAUUCCUGGAUCUUCCCUUAAUAUGCACCGAAAUAUAACGGGUUCCUCCAAGGCCCAGGCUCCACCUCUCCACCAUAGUCGGUGGAAAUCACUUUAGUAGUAGUAGUGUCGUUUUUGUGUAAUCCUGCUGACAAAUAAUCAAACAAACAGACUUGGGUGAAACCAUAACCUCCUUUGCAGUUGUAAAGAUUGAAUGUUGAACUUUUUCUUUGUUAGGUGGGCCUGCAUACUACUCCAAAUGAAUGUCUCGUGGAUAAAGUAAUUGUCAUAGAAUUGAAGAUUUCAGAUUUUGAUUGUCAAUAAAUUUGCACAACGUU